CCUUGAAGGAAUCACAUGUCGCCUAUAAAAGGACCUUAAAGACUCAAUAUUUUAAAAGUAUCGUUUCUGAGGUGUAAGACAACCUGUUGCGAAUCUGGUUACAAUUUCCCGCACCGCGAUCAAUUUUCGAAAUUAUUUAUCUUCAAUUUUUUUAAAUCGAGUUUUUAUUUGUACGGACAAUUUUCAUGUUGACAUUUUUUAUCGUAUAAUAUUUUUUGUAUUUUUUCAAACAUGGCUUUACGUUUUGGAAGAUUUUGGAAUUAUUUCGACGUUACGGCUUUAUCAUUUAUUGCAGUUUGUUUAAGUAUAAUAUUAGUUUAUAGAAAGUAUAAAAAUUUACCGCCCGGACCUUGGGGUCUGCCAUUCGUCGGAUAUUUGUGUUCAAUUAUCAAUGAAAACGUUCACGAUAAAUAUUUCGAACUGUCUAAAAAAUACGGAAAAAUAUUUUCGGUUAAAUUGGGACAGAAAAAUGUAGUCAUUAUUUCUGAUCCUCGAAUGCUCAAAGAAGCUUUCAAUAAAGAAGAAUUCAAUGGAAGACCAUCUAAUGAAUUUUAUAAAUUACUCGGAGGAUAUGGUAUUAUAAACACCCAAGGCCAUAUUUGGAAAGAACAGCGAAGAUUUUUGCACGCUUGUCUGCGAUGGUUCGGUAUGACAAUUUUUAAUCGUAAAAACAACAAUCAGUUGGAAAGUAGAAUCAUGGGAGAAGUCAAAUUGUUGUUGGAAAAUUUGAAAAAUCAAAAAGGCCGCGCAAUCGAUUUAAAUCACAGUUUCGUCAUUUCUAUCAGCAACGUUAUUUGUUCGCUAUUGAUGAGCGUACGAUUCAGUUUCAACGAUCCAGUAUUCAAAAACCUUAUGAUGAAAAUGGAAGAAGGUUUCAGACUUUUUGGAGGAAUCGUGCUAUUGAAUUAUUUUCCAUUUCUGCGCUUCUUUCCGUUCUUUUUAAAAGAGUUCAAGAAAAUCGAAGAAAAUAAAAAACAAACUCAUCAAUUUUUCCAAAACAUAAUCGACGAUCAUAAGAGAUCAUUCAACGAGUCGAACACCAGGGACGUUUUAGACUUUUAUCUAUCAGAAAUACAAAGAGCCGAACGUAACGGUAACAGUGAAAACCUGUUCGAUGGCAAAGAUCAUAAUUCUCAAAUAAGGCAAAUUAUCGUCGAUUUAUACACAGCUGGUAUGGAAACAACUAAGACGACCUUACACUGGAGCAUAAUAUACAUGUUACAUUAUCCGGACGUCGCUAAAUCCAUUCAGGCUGAAUUGGACGCUGUGGUGGGAAGGAAACGACUACCAACUUUCGAAGAUUUACCAUAUUUACCAAUCACCGAAUCGACUAUAUUAGAGGUUUUAAGGAAAUCUAGCAUCGUGCCGUUAGGAAAUUCGCACGCCACUAUGAAAGAUGUCUAUUUCAAAGGCUACCUAAUCCCAAAAAAUACAGAAAUUGUUCCUCUGAUUUACGCAGUCAAUAACGAUCCAGAAUUAUGGGAAUCACCUGAAAAAUUUUUACCUAGUCGUUUUUUAAACUCUGAAGGCAGAGUGACCAAACCAGAUCAUUUCAUACCUUUUGGAAUUGGAAGAAGAACGUGUUUAGGAGAAUUUCUCGCUCGAAUGGAGAUAUUUUUAUUUUUUUCGUGCAUUUUACAUACGUUUAAUAUUCAAUUACCCGAAGGACAUACUUUACCGAGUCUAGAAGGGUACUUUGGAAUCACGCUGAAUCCCGGAGCUUAUAAGGUCCAGUUAAUCGAAAGGCCUUUCUCAGCUGAUGUACACACUUCAUCUGUGUUACCAGAAAUUCUCAGUAAUAAACGGAUGCCAGCUGGUUCGCAUUAGCUUUUCAUUAUGUAUGGUAUCCAUACAUUACAGACAAAGCUUAAAAAGUUCCUAUUUAUCACUGUGUGAUUACCUCCUAAUUUAAUUGUAACGUGUUAGUUUUUAAGGAUAAAUUUCAAUCGAUACUCUUCAACUGAACUGGUCAACAUCUCAGGUUGACGGAUUUCGCAUUUAUAAGUAAAACAUAAGAUGCUAAUUGAUUUUAUGAAAAUCUCUCGUGAUAAAGUCGUAGAUAAAUAUGUUUAUAAAGUGCUAGUCGUUUUUAAAUUAUCAGAUUUUAUAAUUAACCUGUUCAAAAAAAAUAUUUACAAAUUCAAACGAAACAAUAUAAAAUUAGGCUAUAGUGCAGUGGCAUUACCUAUAAUAUAAGGGCUGUGAUUGAGCUGCAUCAAAAUCUACUUAUCUAAACCUAUCCGUUCAAUUUGAAAAAAAAAAUCAAUUUUAAAAAAAUAACGAAUUAAAAGCCCUUGCGAAUAAAAUAACAAGUAUACGUAUAACCACCUCCCUUUUGGAUUUCCCCCCCCCCCCCCCCCUAAGAAAUAAAUCCAGAGGAGUUAUAUAAGUUCCUUUAAUUGUGAUAAAUAUGGAUUUGAAACAUUUAAUACAUACUUAGAAUUAUUCUUUUUUUCUCUCAUAAGUUAUGUAUGUAUUAUCUAUAACUUUAUUUUUUAUCAAAUGCGAUUUGCUCCGGUGAUUAAUAUGCCAGUUCUGUUGAAUGUAUUUUAAUUUUUGUUUUUUAUUGCCUAUUUCUAUGUACUUAAAAGUAGACUGUACGUUUUUAAAGUUCGAUUUCGAGGCGAGGAUUUUUCUUACCUGCGUCAUACGGGUCCGACCAUUAUUUAAUUUAUUAGCCUACAAUUGAUAGUUUGUUAACACUGGCAUAGAGUUAGAUAAUAUAAACACUUUACAAGUUGGUAUCGGAAGGAAACGUUACGCUUAUUCUAAUAAUUUCCGUGUUAACAAGUUUUUCAAUGUUUGCAUUAUUAUUUAAUUUCAAGCGUUUAUAUAUUAAUAAGCUCCCGUGCCAUUUAUUUAUAAUGUGAUUGUAAAUAUUAGAUGUAGUAGGUAGUCAUUAGCAUUAAAAUUUAUCUAUGUGUAAAGUGACUUCUUGUACCUAACGGUAAUUUUUUGCAAAAUUAGAUCGCAUGCGUUGACGUACAUAUUCUGUAAGUAUUCAGUAUUACCACUUUUGCUCAAUUAUAGUUAUUAAGUUAUUAGAUAUCCUCUGUGUUUUUGAAGUCGUGUUUUUUUUUUUUUACAUUAUACAAAUACAAUUCAUCGCAUUAUUGUUCGACGAAGCUUAAAACUUUGGGCUUUAUUAAUUUUUGAUUUGCCAUAUUUAAAAUUAAAUAUAAAUAUUUGUAAAUAAUAUUUAUAUGUAUCAGGUCUAAUUUAACAAAAUCAUCGUAUGAAGUAAUGUUUUGUGAAAUUUUGUUUAUCGUGUUUCCUAUUUAAGUCUUUAAGUAGGUAUUAAUAAUAAACGUUUUAUUUGAGAGAA